AUGCCACCUUUCACGACUGAAGCAGAAGAAGACAAGGCAAGCACGCUUAGAGCCAGGCCCAUCAAGGUGGAGGACGAACUGCUAGAGGACAGACAUCCAGAUUCAAGACAUCCUUUAUUCGUCGGUCAUUGGAAAAGAUCUAUUCCUUAUGUUGAUGAAGAUUUCGCUCGUGACGAUAUGGAUGAACCUCAUUUAAAGCGUAAACACACUAUCCUUCGAGAGCAUCCAGAAGUGGAAAAGCUAUACGGCACAGAUAUCCGCACAUUAUAUGUCACAAUCGCCAUCACGGUAGCCCAGCUAAGUAUAGCGUAUGUCUUUGGUAAAGUGUGGUCACCUCCAUGGUACAUCUUUUGCUUGGUCACUUAUUUCAUUGGUGGUACGCUUACAAGUAUGAUUGGCGUUAUCAUCCAUGAAGCUUGUCAUUGUCUAAUUUUCAAGCAAAAGUGGGUGAAUCGAUAUGUGGGUCUCUUGGCCAACGUCUCCUUGCCUGUGCCUAUCGCACAGUCAUUCCGUCGCUAUCACAUUGAACAUCACACAUGGCAAGGCGUUGAAGGUAUGGAUCCAGAUUUGCCACUGGAAUGGGAAAAGAGCUUGAUUCGUGGUAAUGCUUUAUGCAAAUUUCUAUGGAUCAUGAUCUAUCCUAUUAUGUAUGUUGUACGCGGGGCUGUGAUGCAAAAGGAUAGAAAUUUAACACCUUCAAAGUGGGAAAUUAUCAACGUUGUGUUCACUGUAUGCUCUGAUGCUUUGAUCCAGUAUUUCUGUGGCUGGACAGGCUUAUUCUAUUUGCUUAUGUCUCUCUGGUUUGGCUAUUCGCUUCAUCCUGGAGCUGCUCACUUUGUACAAGAGCAUUAUACCUUUGACGAUGGCCAAGAGACCUAUUCUUACUAUGGUAUCUUGAAUAUACCCUUUAUGAAUAUUGGUUACCAUAAUGAACAUCAUGAUUUCCAAAAGAUUCCUUGGUCAAAUCUCCCUGCUCUUCGUUCAUUAGCCAGCGAAUACUAUGACAAGCUAUCCUAUCACACUUCUUGGGUCAUGGUGCACUGGAAGUUCAUCACUCAGCCUGCUGUUGGACCGCAAUCUCGAGUAAUUCGUAGCUACGACGACUUUAAAAAGGGUAGAUCUCUUCUGGGAAAGAUGCGUCAGUACGAUUUACUCAAAAUGAACAAGAAGAACACCAUUGCUAAUGCCGCGCAAUAA